AUGAGUUCCCAACCGCAGUUCAUCCACUAUCCCGAGGUCCGCGAAGGACCGUCCGUACCCUACAAGAAUGAAGACCAAUCGAUCCCCGUCUUUCGUGGACUCCCUCUAGCUAUCGGAGCUACACUCAUUCACAACGUGAGCUUCAUCCAAAGCUACUUCUGGCGCAAUGCCGGUUUCGAUAUAAUCCACGAUAUUCCCCAUUUGAAGCAGUACGCCGCCCGCUACGAUCCUACCGUUAUACCUGUCCUCGAGAAUAAGCCCGACAUUUCCUCAUCCCCGGCUGAACUUACUAUCCCCACUCGGAGGAGAAACGGGUCUUCGGGUUACUAUACCUCUGCCGAUUACUGUGCGCUGUAUAAAUCUGGCGAAUUGACCCCCCUCGCCGUGGCCGAAACAUUGAUGCCCCUAGUCCGUCGGGAUGUGAAACCUCCCGGUAAGCACUCCGUUGCAUUCCUAGAAUCGCAGGUUGAGCGGGUUCGCGCUGCGGCGGAGGCAUCGACAAAGAGAUACAAGGAUGGGAAGGCGCUGGGUCCGCUGGACGGAGUACCGGUUGUCGUGAAAGAUGAAGUGCAUAUUGAAGGAUAUCGACGGACCCUGGGAAGUAAAUUGGAUUUCACAGGCGAGUUUACGGGGACGUCAUGGUGUGUGAAGAAAUGGGAAGAGGCCGGCGCAAUCAUUGUUGGAAAGACAACCAUGCACGAGCUGGGUCUGGAUACCAACAACAACAACCCGAAUCACGGAACACCCCGCAACCCCCAUAACCACAACUACUACUGCGGCGGCUCAUCCGGCGGGUCUGGGUACGCUGUUGGCGCAGGCCUGGUGCCCAUCGCCCUGGGCGCAGACGGCGGGGGCUCAAUCAGGAUCCCGUCGUCCUUCUGUGGAAUCUGGGGCCUGAAACCAUCACAUGGCCGCAUUAGCGCCACGCCAACGGUAUCCCUCGCGCAAACGGUCGGCGUCUACGGCCCCAUGGCAGCCAGCAUUGACGAUCUGGCCCUCGCAUACCGCAUCAUGGCAGCACCAGCACCCGCAGAGCAAGACCCACCAUCCGCAUCUUUCCCCGACCCCCUCACUAGCCUGCAAGCCCAGUCGUCCAAACCGCGCACCAAAGCCAUCGGCAUCGUCAGCGACUGGAUCGACCGCGCCGAGCCUUCUGUCCGUGCCGUCUUUGACCGAGCCCUCGAUUUCUACCGCAAACAAGGCUAUGAUGUCAUCGACAUCACAAUCCCUUACCUCCCGGAAGGCCAGCGCGCCCACGUCCUCACCAUCAUGACGGAAAUCGCCUCGGGCCUCACCCCUGACCAGAUCGGCAAGCUAUCGGCCCCCAACAAGGUCCUCGUCUCUAUGGGCAUGUGGCAGAUUUCCGGUCAGGAUUUCCUCGCCUCCCAGCGCCUCCGCAACAUCAUCAUGUGUCAUCUCGCCUAUUUGUUUAGGAAGCACCCGGGCCUCCUCAUCCUCACCCCCAGUACGCCCAUCCCCGGCUGGAAGAUCAACGGCGAGGCCGACCUCUCGCGCGGCUUGUCGGAUGGGAAGUCCUCCGUACGCAAUAUGGAGUAUGUGUGGUUGGCUAAUUUCACCGGUUGUCCGGCUAUCAACUGUCCUGCGGGUUAUGUGCAGGAUACUCGUGUGCCUGUUGGUUUGAUGGCUAUGGGUGAAUGGGGUACCGAGGAGGAUCUUAUUGCUUUCGCUAGAGACGGUGAAGCCAUUUUGGACCUCCCUGAGAAUCAAUUGGCUAUUAAAGAGCAGGUGGAUGAGCAGUCGACGGGUCUAAGGAUCCCUUACGGUGAAGGGUCUCUGUGGGAAGACGUGAUUGCUUCGGCGAGAAAGUAA